GGAAACGGCGUAAUUCCCGCCCAGUCUACGAAGCGUUGAUUGGCUGGGAGUGAAAAAUGGGCCAGAAUUAUUAACAUCACUAUUCCCUUAGUUUAACCUGUAAGGCAAAACUUUUUUCCAAAUACAACUUCUCUCUCAGCCUUAAAUUACACGAUGCACAAAACACACUCUCCAUUUUCUUCUUUUAACUGCAGUGUAUCUGUCAAUUCAAUACAAACGCACAUUCUUGUCUGAGACGUAACCUUUCAUAAAUCACACAGGAAGUCAUACUUCGGGGCUGACGUUUAUAACGUAAUGCACUUUGCGUUCAUGUACUUCCGCUUUGUCUCACUGCGCCCGUCGGCUAAAGAGAAACGCAUCAACAACAGGACUGUUUUCUCUUUCUUUUCGCAGCAGAUCGGCUCUCCGGGCACUUCAACGACUCGCUGCUGUAACAAAAUGAAUGUGGGUGUGGCACACAGCGAGGUGAACCCUAACACCCGGGUCAUGAACAGUCGAGGCAUCUGGCUGACCUACGCGCUGGGUGUGGGAAUCCUUCACAUUGUGCUCCUGAGCAUACCAUUCUUCAGUGUGCCGGUGGUGUGGACGCUUACGAAUGUCAUUCACAACUUGGGAAUGUAUGUGUUUAUGCACGCGGUAAAAGGGACGCCUUUUGAGACCCCCGAUCAAGGCAAGGCCAGACUGCUCACACACUGGGAACAGCUCGAUUACGGUGUGCAGUUCACGUCCUCCAGAAAGUUCUUCACCAUUUCCCCCAUCAUCCUAUAUUUCUUGGCCAGUUUUUACACCAAAUACGACGCCGCGCACUUCUUCAUAAACACGGCGUCUCUUUUGAGCGUGCUCAUCCCCAAGCUACCGCAACUGCAUGGCGUGAGAAUCUUCGGAAUUAACAAGUACUGAGUCUCCCCUCCUCAUCCAGUUCUUGUAUUUUCUGUUGUGUGAAAUACAGUACGUGGCGGAAUUUGUGUCAGUGAGAUGAAACCUAUAGAACCUUUUUGAAGACUGGAUGCCGUGCGCAUUUCUAACUCGUGUGACUGUGGAACUCUCCUGUAAUGUCGUGGGUUGGUGUUACACUUUUUCCAAAGUUUCAUCAAAUCCUUUAUGAAAACAUUUACUUGGGUCAAACUGAUCCAGAAGCAUUAUCGCCGUACAUAACAGGAGAGUUUGUGAUGCGUUUUUGGUGUGGUCUGACCCCGGGCUGGCCCAGGUAUCAGUGAGACUUGAUUGUUUUUGUUCUUUAUUAUCUGACUUGAAUUCACAUGGUGACACUAAUGGCUAAGAUGGUUUUAGUUUCUGCCAGAGCAAUGGCCCAAAUUGUAUCUUUUCGGAAACAAAACAGAAAAUGUUUACUUCCUUUGGAAAUUGUCUCUGUCAUUGGUACACUGAUUUACUAAAAGAUAUCAGCAGCUUGAGUAAUUUAAUGGAUUCUUCUCUUAUUUACAAAUCUGUUGAUGCUUAUUGUAUAAAUACUUUAUAAGUCAAUCACAAGAUGAGUGAUUUGUGCUUUUGUGAAUGUUAAAUAUUUUAUUGGUGUAAAAAUGGUCUUGUGGAAGUGAGAGAAGUGUUAAUAUUGAGAAAAGUCACUGAUAGUAUCUUUAUUAAAUGUUUUUGCCCUUCUACCGUCACAAUUGUUCUGUGUCUGUGUUGUCAUUGUCCAACAUGUUUUGAGUCAUUAUCCUGUUGCAAUUUAGGCCCCAGGAUGAAACCAACACCAAGCUACAGGGAUGCAUCUGGGCCGCGCCCUUGCGCCAUUUACGCAUUUUGACAGCCACUGGGGCAACUUUGUAACUCCACUGCGCCGGCACCGGCGCAAGUCUAUAACGAUUGGCGCUAGAGGCGUACGAAAUUUCCGAUUCAUAGAUUAUUCGCGAUUCGGCCGUGGAAGAUUCGAGAACGAUUCAAAAACAUCCAAAUUCCGAUUAGUGAAUUAUACCAGGUAAAGCGGAAAUAAAACACAGUCAGCGCGGUCUUUGGGACGCCGCGGUCUCCGGGACGCAAUGAGUAACGGACCGAGAGUAAAUAUCUUGUUCAACUCAUGCCACUAGAUGAAAAAAAACAAAAAACAAUCAUACCUGGCUGCGGCCGACAGCCACUACAAACAGCGACCGGUUUCUAGUCGCUAACAUACGGCAACAUAUGGCUAUGGUAGAUAUCACAUAUUGUAGAACUAGAUGUAAAAGGACAGACGACGACAGCGUUGGAACAUAUAAAAAAGAACUAGAUGCGAAAUGAUAGACUUGCCGCCAUCUUUAAGCAGUUGACUUCUCUAGAAGGCUGUUGUAGUGAACCCAAUUAACAUUUUAUCUAUAACACUUCUAAAUCGGCAAAAUCUUGACUUGAAUCUAUCUUUAAAUGAUGAAACAGUUUUAAAACUUUGACAUGUCGAAGGUAGACAGAUGGGAAAUUAUGGAAUAACGGGAACAUUUUAACAACUUUAACGGUUGAUUCACAACAUUAAAUUAAUUGAAUGUAGUUUAAAGCUUUUGAUAUAGAAUGGGGACUUGAGUAUUUUAUGUACUGUUUUUAACUGUUAACUUGAUACUAAAAUAGUUUGGUUUAGGCUGAAAGGAUUUUUGAACAAUUUUGGAACUAAUGUACAAAACAUUAAAAGUGUGGUGUGGUGCAUCAAUAAUCGAUUUAUAAUCAUAUCGGAGCCUCUGAAUUGUAAUCGAAUCGUUAGGUGCUCAAAGAUUCCCAGCUCUAAUUGGCGCAUAUUGCUACAUGAUCUGCGCCACAUAUGACAUACUUCUGUUAAAAUAGCUAAAGAAAGAAAUUUAGUUAAAUAGCAAUUGAAAACUGUUCGUUUUCCUUCAGAGGUUUUAACUAUCGUCGUCUGCCAUCUUGCCCUACCGAUAUCUAGCCAUAAUCACCUUGCAUUUGUUUCGGUGCGUUCCAAAGUCGUGGUAGAGGCUAUCUCGGGCUUUUCCGUAAUCCGCCGGAAACUUCCGAAAGAGAUAAUAAUGGCUCGCGCUAGCCAUGUUGAAUAAACUUCUUCAUUCUCUGCUCACGCUAAUUACUUGUCGCUUUAACAACGUCACGUCUGCCCGUCGCCGAUUGGUCCACUCCGCUGUCUGUUUGAUGUAGCUUGCUCCGCCCUCGGAAUUUGAUCCGCCGGACGGUCGCCAGACUUAAUCGCUGGAACAGCGGUGAGUCUGGCAUACCAGGCAACAUUUUUAGAUGACUACUUUUAUUUGAGUAAUAUUAUUUUGAAGUAAUGAUACUCUUAUUUGAGAAAAUUUUUGGCUACUCUACCCACCUCUGCUCAAAUGUUCUGGGGCGGCUUUGCGACAUCAGAGCCCCUUAUUUAAAUUAUGAAAAAAAAAAAAAAAAAAGAUUGUCAAAAAUGAGUCAGACAUGGUGACAUCCUAGAUCUACUUUGCUGAAGGUGAAAAACUCAUCUUGAAUAUACAGACCUUGAGACCAAGUAAUAAACUAACAGGCAGUCUGAAUUUAAUUCAAACGUAUAAUAAAAGUCAUAAAAUAUAUAUUUCAAAGAGAUCCGCUGUUUAGCUCCUCACACUGUUGGCUCAUAACUCCUUUGUAAACUUUAAAGUGAUGAUUGAGGCCUUCCUGCGUGUGGAUUUUGUACUUGGUCCCAAGGGCUCCAUCGGCAAAGGGUGCUCCGUAAAACACGCGGCCGAUCCGCGAGUGCACCAGUGCCAUGGCGCACAUGACGCACGGUUCUCUUGUGACAUACAGGUCAUACCCAGUGCAGAUGUACGGCUGCUGCGCAGUGUCCGAUAGAGGUGUUAAAAUAGAGCGGCAGGCGGGGUAUGCAUUUAACUGGUAGCAGCCGCCACCUUGCCCUCUGGCCACCAAAUCAAUGCACACCAUGACGGCGUGGUACAGAGGGUGUUGCCCUUGGCAGUCGUGACCCACGGCAACUAUCCUCUCUGAGACCGGGUCUACCAUCACAGCCCCCACGGGCUCCAUCCCCAAAGCUUUCCCUUCUUGGGCAGCGGCCACGGCCGCCGACAUGUAUGCGUGCAUCUGCUCUUUUUGAGCCGAACUGAAGGAUUCUCCUCGAAGGGCGUGAGUCACGGACUUGUCCUCGUGGAAGGAGGUGGGCCAGUGCUUGCUGGCCAGCUCAAAUUGGGGUCGGGUCAAAGGUGGGCGAGCUGGAACCUUGACCACGAAGGGUUUACCCAAGCCGACGCAUUCAACGCUGAACAAGUUCAAGUCGGAAACUUCACUGACCGGACACAAGAGGAUCUCGAGAGGGUGAGAGCGGCCCUCCUGUGCCUUAGUCGCCCGGACUCUUUUAACAUGCUGGAGGCCCGUCAAAGGGUAGAGGUCGUUGAGCUCUUUGACCAAACGCGACGUUGCUCGUUUGUCGUGCACAGGCGCGGCAAAGGUGUCAAUCAGCUCUACGGCUUGCGUCUGCUCAUCUGAAAGGACAGGGUACGCCACCCAGGAGUCCGAGUCGCACUCGGCGCCUUUCCUACGCUUGACAGCCGGUUCCAUUGUUUUAAAAAGUCCUCCUGUCGUGUGGGAUACAGACCAAAUUGGAGCAAUGUUAGUAUUCUUUGCAAGUGGAACAUCCAGAAUCCAAUAAACACGGCAUCAAAGCAGACCGAGAACAUAAGAGAGACUGAGCUUCAAGAUCCGCUGAGCCUAACGUAGCAACUAUAAACUGAGACCAAGCACAUCAUUACUUUCGUUUAGUCUUGAGAAUUUAUUGAAUUGAGAAUGAAUUAAUAAAUUGCUUGGAAAUUGAGGUUUUCACCAAGUCACAGUACAGGUAGAGAAACAGUAGGGUGACAGAAUCAAGCAAAAUACUUCACAUUGAAGAAAAUAAAAUCUGAAUUCAAUCAUGUAAAAAAAAAAAAAAAAAAAAACUGCUCAUGUGUGAUUUUACUCAGUGGUUUAACAAUAUUUAUCCGGCAUGUUAUUUACACCCAAAUACAAUAUUUCUAUUUACAUUCUCAGUUUGAUUGCUGUUUUCGCCGGAUCAAUCAGUUUAACCCUACUAUGUUUUCAUUAAGCAAAAUAUAUUAAGAUUACUAGGGCUGUCAAAAUGAUCGCGUUUAAUCACGUUAAAAUAUUUGACGCAAUUAACGCAUGCACCGAAUGACCUGCUCACACAUUGCCUCAAACAGAUUACAAUGACGCUGUUUAUGGACAUUAAGAGUGAAGAGAAUGCCACCGGCCGCUUGGAGGCAGCGCCGUUCCAUACUAAUGUUAUUCCUUCUUAACGUGGGCGAAUUAGUAGUUGUGAGACGUUUAUGCUGUUGCAUUGUGCUAUUUGUGCUCCACACAUAUUUCUGUAAGUUUUCUUUCUUUUAGUGGCAAUUAUGUGUCUCUUGUUGUAUUUUGUGUAAGAUAUGUACAGAGAUAUAUAUGUUAUAAAGGCGAGUGGACACAAGCGUUCUUUGGACCGCGCCGUUUAUUGGCAUAAGCUUCAGCAACUCCUUCACAACAAACAUAAGUAUCAUUUAUUGAAAGCACAACAAAAAUAAUAUUCCUCUCUCUCAAAAAAAUAAUGUUCACAAAAAAAAAAGCACUGCAGUCUAUAGUAGUGAUGCCCUAUUCUCACACAGUUAAACAACAAUGCAAAAUGAACUGGCGUUCCAUAUCAAAAUAGCUAUGCAAAAUACACGUAAAACUUACUCAGACUAUGGUCACUCUAUUCUUAUUGUUAUUUUUAUUCUUAUUAUAUUAACUCUACUUUUGAUUGAAAAUUUUACAAAUUUUAUUAAAACGAAAACAUGAAGAGGGAUUUUAAUAUAAAAUUACUAUAACUUGUAACUAACAUUUAUCUUUUAAGAACUACAAGUCUUUCUAUCCGUGGGUCACUUUAACAAAGAAUGUUAAUAAUGCCAUUUGUGGAUUUAUUGUUAUAAUAAACAAAUACAGUACUUAUGUACAGUAUGUUGUAUGUAUAUAUCCAUCUAACCUUUCCAUUCCAACAAUAAUUUACAGAAAAAUAUGGCAUAUUUUAGAGAUGGUUUGAAUUGCGAUUAGUUACGAUUAAUUAAUUUUUAAUCUGUGAUUAACUCGAUUAAAAAAUUUAAUCGUUUGACAGCCCUAAAAGUUAUAUAUGGCGGGAAACUGCUCUUGCACCCCUCUUUAAAAUGAAACUGCUGUAUUUUAAGCCAAAAGAACUCUUGUACUUGAUCAGACAAUAUGUCUAUAUGCUGCUAUAGCAGUUUAAUGGCGUAUGAAGCCCCCGAACUAUUUUUAAUUUGUCCGUUUUACCCUGAAGACCUCCGUUUACGGACACCGCGCAACCGCUUUUGUUUCAACCCAGCCAUGAAAAGAAGGUAAGUAAUUAUAUUUUUUUAAUUCGAAAUGUCAUUUUUAGCUUAGAAUCAUUAAUUGAUGUCUAAUAUUUAGUUAAAAAAAACUUUAAAUAAUUAUUCACUUGCAUAUUUUAACCUUUUAAAAAAAUUACAUCACAAUGAAAAAAAUAGUGUCUGCACGGAUAAGGCACGGAUAUCUACCUCAUAGCUAUCACUUAAUUGUAUUUUUUUGUUCCUGUCGCAUUUUCCCCGAUAUUUCAGAUGAUAAUCAAUCCAAACAAAGAAAAAAAAUUAAGAUAAAUUUAAAAGUGUAAAUAUAUGAAAAAGAAAAUCUCAACCACUCCUUGAUGUCUGCGAUUUCUGCAUGGCGACUCUUUGUUAUAUUACCAUGUUUCACCCAUAAAAUCCCCCAAAAAUCCGGCUGUGACCGUUCACAGCUCAGUGAUACAUGCGACAAGGAGUUUUUGGAUCGAAAAGAGAUAAAUAUGCUAUAAUAUCUUGUUAAUAUAAUGGUGUCUUUAAUUAUGCCUCUCACCUCCAUUUAGGGUUUCGCUGUUUUAUUUUUUUUUUAAAUGCCCUCCCGUUCAAAAAAACAAAACAAAAACAAAAAACUACAAUGCUUUAAGUAGGUCGAAAUCCAGCAUAGGGCUACUGCACCUUAAAACAUGUUUUGUUUUCUCCUUGAGAUAACUGUUGUUGUGAUUUGGUCUAAACAAAUAAAAGUUGAUUUGACUUUGCCUUAAAACACAUCCAUAACUGAACCGUAUGGACAUGCAUGUGACAAUGUUUUUUUAGAUAACCUAUUGUGGUUUUCUUUGUUCCGCAGCCCCUUUGAGCUCAAUUUGACCCCCUUAGAAUGCUUCAAAAUGCACCAAGAUCGGCAGGCAGGUCAAGACAGGUGCAAUCUUUGAUACCGUGUAAAGACAAAUUCCAAACACACAAUGUAGUGCCCCCUAGGAGUCAUUGUUUGUCCCGCUGACGCUUUGAGCCCUACUUUGACC